AUGUCGGACGCAGAGAUGGCUGAGUUUGGGACCGCUGCCCCCUAUCUGCGCCAGUCGGAGAAGCUGCGGCUCGAAGCGCAGACCCGGCCCUUCGACCUGAAGAAGGACAUCUUCGUGCCGGACGUCAAGGAGGAGUUUGUCAAGGCCAAGCUCCUCUCCCGGGAAGGGGGCAAGAUCACCGCUGAGACCGAGAGUGGCCAGACGAUAACGGUGAAGGAGGAUCAGAUCAUGCAGCAGAACCCGCCAAAGUUCGACAAGAUCGAGGACAUGGCCAUGCUGACGUUCCUGCACGAGCCGGCCGUGCUCUACAACCUCAAGGAGCGAUACGCUGCCUGGAUGAUCUACACCUACUCGGGGCUGUUCUGUGUGACAGUCAAUCCCUACAAGUGGUUGCCAGUCUAUAAUGCAGAGGUGGUGGGCGCCUACAGGGGCAAGAAGAGAAGUGAAGCCCCGCCCCACAUCUUCUCCAUCUCUGACAAUGCCUAUCAGAACAUGCUGACAGAUCGGGAGAACCAGUCCAUCCUCAUCACCGGAGAAUCCGGGGCGGGGAAGACCGUGAACACCAAGCGGGUCAUUCAGUACUUUGCUGUCAUCGCAGCCAUCAGUGACCGCAGCAAGAAGGAACAACAGGUGGACAAGAGCAAGGUGUGGCCUCCACCCAUCUAUCUGAACCAUCCAUCUACGCCCCUCCUUCAGGGGACCCUGGAGGAUCAAAUCAUCCAGGCCAAUCCUGCCCUGGAGGCCUUUGGCAAUGCCAAGACUGUGAGGAAUGACAACUCGUCCCGAUUCGGUAAAUUCAUCCGGAUUCAUUUUGGGGCGACGGGGAAGUUGGCUUCAGCUGAUAUAGAGACCUAUCUCCUGGAAAAAUCCCGGGUCAUCUUCCAGCUCAAAUCCGAGAGGAGCUAUCACAUCUACUACCAGAUCCUGUCCAACAAGAAGCCAGAACUCCUGGACAUGAUGCUGGUGACCAACAAUCCAUAUGACUACGCCUUCAUCUCCCAAGGAGAGACCACGGUGACGUCCAUCGAUGAUGCUGAAGAGUUGCUAGCCACUGAUAGCGCCUUUGACAUCUUGGGCUUCACUCAGGAGGAGAAGAACUCUUUGUACAAGCUGACAGGCGCCAUCAUGCACUUUGGGAACAUGAAGUUCAAGCAGAAGCAACGCGAGGAGCAGGCCGAGCCUGAUGGCACUGAGGAGGCGGACAAAUCUGCCUACCUGAUGGGGUUGAACUCGUCAGAUCUACUGAAGGGGCUUGUUCACCCACGGGUCAAGGUGGGGAAUGAGUAUGUGACCAAGGGGCAGACUGUCCAGCAGGUAGCUUAUGCUGUAGGAGCCCUAGCCAAGUCCAUGUAUGAGAAGAUGUUCGGCUGGAUGGUGACCAGGAUCAACAACACCCUCGAGACGAAGCAGCCACGUCAGUAUUUCAUCGGGGUGCUGGACAUUGCUGGCUUUGAGAUCUUCGAUUUCAACAGCUUCGAGCAGCUCUGCAUCAACUUCACCAACGAGAAGCUGCAGCAGUUCUUCAACCACCACAUGUUCGUGCUGGAGCAGGAGGAGUACAAGAAGGAGGGGAUCGAGUGGGUGUUCAUCGACUUCGGCAUGGACCUGCAGGCCUGCAUAGACCUCAUCGAGAAGCCCAUGGGCAUCAUGUCCAUCCUGGAGGAGGAGUGCAUGUUCCCCAAGGCAACGGACAUGACCUUCAAGGCCAAGCUCUAUGACAACCACCUGGGCAAGUCAGGCAACUUCGGCAAGCCGCGGAACAUCAAGGGCAGGCCAGAGGCGCAUUUCUCCCUCAUGCACUACGCCGGCACGGUGGACUACAACAUCAUGGGCUGGCUGCAGAAGAACAAGGACCCCCUCAAUGAGACGGUGGUGGGGCUGUACCAGAAAUCCGCCCUCAAACUCCUUGCCCUCCUCUUCGCCAACUACGCUGGGGCCGACUCAGCCCAUGAAGGCGGGAAGGGGAAAGGAUCAAAGAAGAAGGGUUCAUCUUUCCAGACAGUUUCAGCACUGCACAGGGAGAACCUGAACAAGCUGAUGACAAACCUGCGCUCAACUCACCCCCACUUCGUCCGCUGCAUCAUCCCCAAUGAGACAAAGUCUCCAGGGGUGAUGGACAACCCCCUGGUGAUGCACCAGCUGCGCUGUAAUGGGGUGCUGGAGGGCAUCCGCAUCUGCAGGAAGGGCUUCCCCAACCGCAUCCUCUACGGGGACUUCAGACAGAGGUACCGUAUCCUGAACCCAGCGGCCAUCCCUGAGGGCCAGUUCAUCGACAGCCGCAAGGGGGCAGAAAAGCUGCUUGGCUCCCUCGACAUCGACUCCAGCCAGUACAAAUUCGGGCACACCAAGGUGUUCUUCAAGGCUGGGCUGCUGGGACUGCUGGAGGAGAUGCGGGACGAGCGGCUCGCCCGGAUCAUCACCCGCAUCCAGGCCCAGUCCCGGGGCCUCCUCUCCCGCAUUGAAUUCAAGAAGAUCUUGGAACGCAGGGACUCCUUGCUGGUUAUACAGUGGAACAUCCGGGCCUUCAUGGGGGUGAAGAACUGGCCCUGGAUGAAGCUCUACUUCAAGAUCAAACCACUCCUGAAAAGCGCUGAGACGGAGAAGGAGAUGCAGACCAUGAAGGAAGAGUUUGGGCGCCUGAAGGAGGCGCUAGAGAAGUCGGAGGCCCGGAGGAAGGAGCUGGAGGAGAAGAUGGUCUCUCUGCUGCAGGAGAAGAACGAUCUCCAGCUGCAAGUGCAGGCUGAGCAAGACAAUCUUGCAGAUGCUGAGGAGCGCUGUGACCAGCUGAUCAAGAACAAGAUCCAGCUGGAGGCCAAGGUGAAAGAGCAGACGGAGCGGCUGGAAGAUGAAGAGGAGAUGAAUGCUGAGCUGACAGCCAAGAAGAGGAAGCUGGAGGACGAGUGCUCGGAGCUCAAGAAGGACAUUGACGACCUGGAGCUGACCCUGGCCAAGGUGGAGAAGGAGAAACACGCGACAGAGAACAAGGUGAAGAACCUGACAGAAGAGAUGGCCGGGCUGGAUGAGAUAAUAGCCAAGCUGACCAAGGAGAAGAAGGCCCUGCAGGAGGCCCAUCAGCAAGCGCUGGAUGACCUACAGGCUGAGGAGGACAAGGUCAAUACCUUGAGCAAAGCCAAGGUCAAGCUGGAGCAGCAGGUGGAUGAUUUGGAGGGCUCCCUGGAGCAGGAGAAGAAGAUCCGCAUGGACCUGGAACGGGCCAAGAGGAAGCUGGAAGGGGAUUUGAAACUGGCCCAGGAGAGCAUCAUGGACCUGGAGAAUGACAAGCAGCAGAUGGACGAGAAGCUGAAAAAGAAAGACUUUGAGCUCAGUGCGCUGAAUGCCCGGAUCGAGGAUGAGCAACUGAUAGCUGCCCAGCUCCAGAAAAAGCUCAAAGAGCUUCAGGCGCGCAUCGAGGAGCUGGAGGAAGAGCUGGAGGCGGAGCGCACGGCCCGGGCCAAGGUGGAGAAGCUGCGCUCGGACCUGUCGCGGGAGCUGGAGGAGAUCAGCGAGCGGCUGGAGGAGGCGGGCGGCGCCACCUCGGUGCAGAUCGAGCUGAACAAGAAGCGGGAGGCGGAGUUCCAGAAGAUGCGGCGGGACCUGGAGGAGGCCACGCUGCAGCACGAGGCCACGGCCGCCACCCUGCGCAAGAAACACGCCGACUCGGUGGCCGAGCUGGGCGAGCAGAUCGACAACCUGCAGCGCGUCAAGCAGAAGCUGGAGAAGGAGAAGAGCGAGCUCAAGCUGGAGCUGGACGACAUCAGCUCCAACCUGGAGCAGCUGCUCAAAGCCAAGGCCAACCUGGAGAAGCUGUGCCGGACGAUGGAGGAUCAGAUGAACGAGCACAGGACCAAGUCCGAGGAGGGGCAGCGCAUGGUGAAUGACCUCACUACCCAGCGUGCCAAGCUCCAGGCUGAGAAUGGCGAGCUGGCCAGGCAGCUGGAUGAGAAGGAUGCGCUGGUCAACCAGCUGACACGGGGGAAGCUGACGUACACGCAGCAGCUGGAAGAUCUCAAGAGACAACUGGAGGAAGAGGCCAAGGCGAAGAACGCCCUGGCCCAUGCGCUGCAGUCGGCCCGGCACGACUGCGACCUGCUACGGGAGCAGUACGAGGAGGAGACGGAGGCGAAGGCCGAGCUGCAGCGCUCACUCUCCAAGGCCAACUCCGAGGUGGCGCAGUGGAGAACCAAGUACGAGACGGACGCCAUCCAGCGGACGGAGGAGCUGGAGGAGGCCAAGAAGAAGCUGGCGCAGCGGCUGCAGGAGGCGGAGGAGGCCGUGGAGGCCGUGAACGCCAAGUGCUCAUCGCUGGAGAAGACCAAACACCGGCUGCAGAAUGAGAUUGAGGACCUGAUGGUGGACGUGGAGCGGUCGAACGCCGCCGCCGCCGCCCUGGACAAGAAGCAGAGAAACUUCGACAAGAUCCUGUCCGAGUGGAAGCAGAAGUUCGAGGAGUCGCAGACGGAGCUGGAGUCCUCACAGAAGGAGGCGCGGUCGCUCAGCACCGAGCUCUUCAAGCUGAAGAACGCCUACGAGGAGUCUCUGGAGCAUCUGGAGACCUUCAAGAGGGAGAACAAGAACCUACAGGAGGAGAUCUCAGACCUGACGGAGCAGCUGGGAACCAGCGGCAAAACCAUCCAUGAGCUGGAGAAGGUGCGGAAGCAGCUGGAGGCCGAGAAGAUGGAGCUGCAGGCGGCGCUGGAGGAGGCUGAGGCCUCUCUGGAGCACGAGGAGGGGAAGAUCCUGCGGGCCCAGCUGGAAUUUAGCCAGUUCAAGGCAGAUUUUGAGCGGAAGCUGGCGGAGAAGGAUGAGGAGAUGGAGCAGGCCAAGCGCAACCACCUGCGGGUGGUGGAUUCGCUACAGACCUCGCUGGACGCCGAGACCCGCAGCCGCAACGAGGCGCUGAGGGUCAAGAAGAAAAUGGAGGGCGACCUCAACGAGAUGGAGAUCCAGCUGAGCCAUGCCAACCGCAUGGCGGCCGAGGCCCAGAAGCAAGUCAAGCUGCUGCAGGGAUUGCUCAAGGACACCCAGAUCCAGCUGGACGAUGUCGUCCGGGCCAAUGAGGACCUGAAGGAGAACAUUGCGAUUGUGGAGCGGCGGAACAACCUGCUGACGGCCGAGCUGGAGGAGCUGCGGGCAGUGGUGGAGCAGACGGAGCGUGCCCGGAAACUGGCCGAGCAGGAGCUGAUAGAAGCCAGCGAGAGAGUCCAGCUGCUCCACACCCAGAACACCAGCCUGAUCAACCAGAAGAAGAAGAUGGAGGCGGAUCUGUCCCAGCUGCAGACAGAGGUGGAGGAGGCCGUGCAGGAGUGCAGGAAUGCUGAGGAGAAGGCCAAGAAAGCCAUCACCGACGCGGCAAUGAUGGCAGAGGAACUGAAGAAGGAGCAGGACACCAGCGCCCAUCUGGAGCGGAUGAAGAAGAACAUGGAGCAGACCAUCAAGGACCUGCAGCUGCGGCUGGAUGAGGCCGAGCAGCUGGCCCUCAAGGGUGGCAAGAAGCAGCUGCAGAAGCUGGAGGCGCGAGUCCGGGAGCUCGAGAACGAGCUGGAGUCGGAGCAGAAGCGCAACGUGGAGAGCAUCAAGGGCCUGCGCAAGUCGGAGCGGCGCAUCAAGGAGCUCACCUACCAGACUGAGGAGGACAGGAAGAAUCUGAUCCGUCUCCAGGACCUGGUAGACAAACUCCAGCUGAAGGUCAAAGCCUACAAGCGGCAGGCCGAGGAGGCGGAGGAACAAGCCAACACCAACCUGGCCAAGUUCCGGAAGGUGCAGCACGAGCUAGACGAGGCGGAGGAGCGGGCUGACAUCGCCGAGUCCCAGGUCAACAAGAUGCGGGCCAAGAGCCGGGACAUCGGAGCCAAGAAGGGGCUGAACGAGGAGUAACUCCCGUGACCCCCCCAGGCGCCCCCUGUCUGCAACUGACAGACUCUGCUCCCCGACCCACCCCCAUUCUCUGUAUAUCAGCGUCGGCCCCCCAUCCCC